GAAUACCCAAUGUCACUGCCAGAGGACCAGUUCGUCGGAGUCUGGGCGUCCCUAAGUUUCAGCCUUCUCUAUUCCGGAACGUACUGAUCAAAAUUCUGUGUGCUUUGGUCUUUUUUUCUUUUCCAAGUGACUUAAGUCCAAUGUCGGAGCGUCCGAUUCACGGCACUGACACCCGUCCGACAGAACCGCCAACUUCACUGCAUCAUGGAUGAACUUGCUGUAGCGCGAGCUGAGCUGGCUCGUCUAGAGGACAGUGAGCGGAACCUUGUCAAACAGCUAUCGGACGUCCGUGUCGCAGCAGCGGCAGAGAGGAAGAGGAUCAACGAACUGAUCCAAGAAAAACCACCGAUCAUUCAACGUCUCCCUAUAGAGUUGCUCUCGUCAAUUCUCCAUCUCGCUCUCCGUGGACCCAACCCUUCGCGAAAGAAGAUCCUGGCAUGUGUAUCGCGGCAUUGGAGAGAUUUGAUUCUGGAACAGCCAAGUUUCUGGUCCACGAUAGAGAUCAGUGGCGAACAGAACUUAGGUCGCGUAAGGGAACGGUUGGAGAAAAGUUGCGAGGCACCACUUGACGUUACUAUUCGAGAUGAGCCGUCCAGUUCCUAUGAAACCAUUCGCGAAGGUCUGGGCCUCCUCGUUCCUUGUGCCAGUCGCUGGCGCAGUCUUACAUGGAAUAAGAUGCCCAAACCAGCGCGACAAUUUAUUAUGGACCAUAUCAACGGUAUCAAGUUUCCAUCCUUGAAAUGUGUUAAACUCGAAUCGAGAUCUCCCAUCCCAUCCUUCCUUUCCCGAACAAAUGUCCCCGUUCUGGAGCAUCUGGAAGUCAGGAAUGAAGAUGUAUAUUCUAAUCUGUGCCCAUUGCUUGGCUGCAACUCAUUACUUUCGGACCACAUUCCGGUUCUAACACUGGUCACAUUAUCACUUUCGGGUUAUGAGCUGCUCGCAGGGUUGGAAUUGCCAAACAGUGUUCACUUUCCUGUUCUCGAGACCUUGGAAAUCGACCUCCGGAAUGCAGGUGAUCUGUUCAAAGCAAUCGUAACUCCCAAGCUCAGAUCUCUCCAAUAUACUCUUCAUUCGGACGAUCCGCUUUCUACCGACCUCAGCGGCCUUGAGGAUAAGUUCGGUAGCGUCAAACAGGUCUCUUUCACGAUACCAUUCGACAGUCUGGAUACGUCAGAUGCUCUAGCUCUUUGCAGAGCGUUUCCAAAUGUUUGCCAUGCAGAAUUUUGCAGACUCCCCGCUGCUCCUGCAGGUUACUGGAGGAGCCUCGAAAGCCUGGCUUUCCUUGAUAUUGAUCCCGAGAUGUGGCUGGUACCACCUAUCCGAGAAACCAAUGCCCUCGUGGAGUGGCUCGUGGUUCGACAGGGCCAACGGCCACUAUGCGUCUGUAUCAACGGUUUCUCCACCUCAGAUGAAGACAUCGGAUCACUUUGCAUGCUGUAUGAGAUACUGCAAGAAUAUUGUACUGUAGAGCUGAAGGACAUCCGCUUGUGGCCCAAAUCGGAACUUUUGAAAUCAGUGGAUUCUGGUCUACAGCUCCACGUCCCGAUGUUCACCUCUGGUCUUGCGGAUGACAUAGGUGCUGUUGUAGGAGGCAUUGGAAAGUUGGGGCAGGCCUCUUACCAGUAACAGCACAGCGAGCUUCCCUAUCGAGCUUUGGGAGUCCCAUACUUUAUGACGAGGCUCAGCCGGCCCGGUGGUCACUUGAAUCGAAACGGGAUCUCUAUUGCCUUUGACACACAAGGCGUACUGUGAUACAACUGAUGUUGGCCCUACUAUGGACGUGCAAUUAAAUCACCUUCACCGACAGCCCAGUGAAGAGAUUUCGAGUCAAAAAAACGUAUUACUCAUUGACUGAUCAAUAACACAUUUCACUUUAGAUUUCGAGACGAGGACUUCC